UCUUCGCCUAACAUUAAUACACCAUGAGACUACUCAAUAAUGUGUUCUUAAAUAUUAGACAGUGAUUUAGCAGAGAAAGUAAAGGUGGGCGGUGUUGAAGAAUCUGAGAGAGAACUCUAUUUCUCUAUCACCAACAAUCCCAUCCUCACUUCCGUACACUCUCACUCUUCUCUCUUCCUCAAACCGCUGCAGAUCUAUUCCCUAAUCGGUGCUUCGGGUAAAUGGCCUUGGUCACCACAGCCGAAGUGUGUGAUGCAAACCCACAAUUAAUUUUGAGUGGCGAGCUCCGUGCCCUUCAGCCAGUUUUCCAAAUCUAUGGUCGUCGACAGGUCUUUUCCGGACCGAUAGUUACCCUGAAGGUGUUUGAAGACAAUGUUUUGGUUCGGGAGUUUCUUGAAGAGAAAGGCAAUGGAAGAGUGCUUGUUGUCGAUGGUGGCGGGAGCUUGCGCUGCGCAAUAUUGGGUGGCAACCCUGUAGUACAAGCGCAAAACAACGGAUGGGCAGGUAUCAUUGUGAACGGAUGUAUAAGAGAUGUGGAUGAGAUCAAUGGCUGCGAUAUUGGGGUGAGAGCACUAGCUUCCCAUCCAAUGAAAGCUAACAAGAAAGGCAUGGGAGAAAAGCAUGUUCCUAUAAAUAUUGCCGGGACAAGAAUCAGUGAUGGGGAAUGGCUUUACGCGGACACGGAUGGGAUUCUGAUCUCUCGAACGGAGCUGGCUGUCUGAUUCCCAAAGUUCAUGAUCACUGCUUCCAUUUCAAAAUAUCCAUCAAUCUGGAUAAAGUGGUACAUUGGAAAAUUGAAUGUAGUAGUGUAGAUACAUUGAGUUUUUCUAUCUAACCACUUUGUCUAAAUUGACAGAUAUUUUCAACAAAUGUAAGGACUAUAUUUAUAGGCAUCUCCUUGGCCUGAUGUAGUGCUUUCUGUGCUUGUGUUCUUGACCCAACAGUUUCCCAGUUUCCACUAAAUUGUAACGUUAUUAAUCACCCAUGAUAAUGAAAGUUGGUUGAAGUGUUUGUCCACUUUGACCAAAUAUAGAAGUACUCUCAGCAUUCUCGAAAGAUCGACUUUGGAAUCA